AUGCACCGCGCCUUACGCGGAAUCCGAUCCUUCGCACCUGCUUGUGCCGUGUUCGGUGUAGCGGCACCGAAGCUCUUGCAGCAGAACUCCAGAGCUCGCGGUGAAGCAGAUAUACCACGGCAGUGCUUGCGUCCCACAUCGUGGACAGCAUCUUCACCUGUCCAUUGCGAAACAAGCACAGGAGCACGACCAUCCGGGGCUCUGUAUCCGGAACUGACGCCAUACCAGACAGGAACCUUGAGAACUGCAGACGGCAAGCAUGACCUGUAUUACGAAGUCUCAGGCAAUCCAGAGGGCAAGCCGGCCCUCUUCCUGCAUGGAGGACCUGGUGACGGUUCCAGUUCGAAGCAUCGGCGGCUCUUUGACCCAUCUGUGUACCGAAUUGUCGUCUUUGACCAGCGGGGCGCUGGAAAGUCCGAGCCGGGAGGUUCCUUGGAGCAAAACACCGCCGGGGCCUUGGUCCAAGAUAUCGAGCAGCUGAGGCGGUUUUUGGGUAUCGAAGACUGGGGCCUCGUUGUUGGAGGCAGCUGGGGAUCCACGCUGUCCCUUCUCUAUUCCACGAUGCAUCCGACAAAGGUGAGAGGCCUGGUGCUUUACUCGAUCUUUCUACCGAGUCCAGAGUCAGUCAAGUGGCCUUACAGCCGCGAGGGAGCCGGGCUCUUCUUCCCUGAAGAGUACGAAGCCUUUCUCUCAGCCUUGCCCGUCGAAGAGCGUUCGGAUCCCAUUGGCUCCUAUGCCAAGCGCCUGAGCUCCGCAGAUCCGACGGUCUGCUAUCCGGCGCGCAGUAGCUACACGAAAUGGAUCUUGCGGCUACUAGGCCUGCAGCCAGACGAGGACUUCAUCGCCAGCUGCGCUGCGAACCCCGCGGAAGCUGGCCCAGGAUCGGCCAUCGAGCUCCACUACAUGAAACACGGAUGCUUCAUGGAUUGCAGCCAGCUGCUCGAGGACUGCUGGCGCAUUGCGCAUCUGCCCUGUGCGAUCUUACACGGCCAGAACGAUGUGCUGUGUACGCCUUCCAAUGCUUGGACAUUGCGCAAGCGGCUGCCUUUGGCAUCCUUCUUGAUGGUUCCAAUGGCUGGCCAUUCAUCCUCGAUGGCCCCACAGCUGCGUUCUGCUGUGAUUGAUGCCAUAGAUUCCUUUCGUUGUGUCCUCUCCCUGGCUUCCUUUGGCUUGCCAGCCUCCACAACCUGGCGGCGGAACAGGACCUCCCAGACCGGAGCCAUGGCCCCAAAGAAGCCAGGCGGAACUAAAAUGUCUAUGGCGGAGCUGAACUCCAAGUUCGGUGGUAGUGUUGUCGACCAGAUGCUGCCGUCCCAAAGUGUGGGCAAGGACUUCGGAAAAUCCAAAGGUAAAGGCUUUCGAGAUAUCGAUGGCGGGAAAGAAGAAGAGUGGAGGAGUUCGGGCCCUCGCAAGGGCAAGGGUAAGGGAGACUCUGAGCCCAGCCGCGCAGACACCGGCGACUGGCGAGGGGGUCCCAGGGAUGGCCCGGGUGACCGCGGCGGCUUUGGCGACCGUGACCGUGGCGACCGCUUCGGCGACAGGGACAGAGGUGGCAAGGGCAGGGGUGAUGGAGAACCCAGCCGCGCAGACGCAGGAGACUGGCGAUCGGGCGGUGGCCGGCAGGAUGGCCCCAGGGACAGAGACAGAGAUGGAGGAGGUGGUGGCUUCCGCAGGGAAAACAGAGACGACAACACUCAGGCGGGCAAAGACGAUGACUGGCGAGGGGGGGCGGGCCGUAGAGGAGGGCCGGAGCGGUCCUCGGCGCCGUCGGCCCCGGUUCAGAUGCCAGGUCAAGGAAAGUAUGUGCCGCCUGCUCUCAGGAGACAGAUGGAGGAACAGGCAAAGAUGGACGGGGAGAAGAAGCGCGAAGAUGAUGAUCGCCUGGCACGGCAAAGGGACAGCGACAGGCAAAGGGACAGCGACAGGCGAAUGGAGGAGGACAAGGAGAGGCGAAGAGAAGAGUUCAGAAGCAAGCAGAAGGAGCAGGAGGACAAAAGAAGAGUAGAGGACGAACGCAGGCAGCGGGAAGAAGAUGCGAAGAUGGAGAAGAAGCGCGCCGAAGAGAACAAGAAGGCAGAAGCUGAAAAGCAAAGGAAGAUGGAGCUAAAGGCAGCCAAAGAGGCUGAGGCACGGGAGAAGCGAGAGGCUAUCAAGAGUGCCAGCCAAGCCCAGAAGAAGGCUUCCACCGGCUCUUCCAAAAAGCAGGACCACGAUCCAGCAAAAGUCGCCGGCUUUACGGACACCUGCGAAGGGGUUCUCAAGGAGGACGGCAAUGUGGAGAAGCUAGUGGGGGAGGUGGACGAGCUCCUCACAGAAAACGAGCUUUGCACGGUGCACCCCGUGGCGCAGCUCCUGGACCUCCUCCUGCGCGAGAGCCGCGGAAAGGAGGAUGACGAUGUUUUUGCCAUCGUGCAGAACUGGGCUCCUAUGUUGAACUGCCUCAUCGAAAAGUCCGGUGUCAGACGGUUCAAGGUCAAAGUCUUGAUCGAGUGUCAGAGAGCCGCCCACAAGAUGGGAUUGCCAAGGCUGUCCCCUGCUACAGCUCUUCUAGAGGCUUUCUUCGACGGCCUGUAUCGCGCAGAGGUCAUCGAGGAAGACUACUUCGACAUGUGGGCCAUGGGUGACGAUGACACUCCCGGCAAGACCAGCGCCAUGUUCCAGGUCAACGUGUUCCUGGACUGGCUCCGUGGGACCCUACGGGAAGACAAGGAAGAAGACAUGGAGGAGGGCGAGGGCGAAGAGGAGGAGUCAGGGGAGGAGGACGAGGAGGAGGAUGAAGAUGCUUGGGGGUGA